UGGAAGAUGAUGUAAAAUAUUAAAGCACAAAAAUCAACCUUUUGCCAAAGUCACCGGUUUAUCAUCAUAUCCUAUUUGUUUAAAACUAUUACGUAAUUACUGAGGACCAAGUCGAUGUUUUAAAGAUUCAACAGGACGCCAUAGCUGCGUUUACAACGUACUGGGAAAGCGAAACAACAAAAAAUGGAAGGUUUACAGAAAAAAGCAUCAUCAAGUUUCGUGGGAACCCUUUCCCUAUCAGCUGCAAUGACUGCAGUUGCACACCCGUUAACCUAUGUUAAAGUGUUAAUUCAGGUUGGGCAUGAGCCUCUUCCAGCACAGCGAGCAAAAACAUUUUUUGGCAAAGAGGUGAUGAGACUACCAAAUUUUCUGCAAUAUGCUGGUCAUAUCAAAAACAUGGAUGGUUGGCUUGGUUUGUACAGAGGACUGGGUCCAAGAAUAGUACACAAUAUUGUUUCAUCAACUGUCACCAAUACUAUCACUAAUAAAAUGAAGGAGAAUGAUGAAAAACAUGGAAGAAAUGACGAGGAAGAUAAAUCAGUUAAAGGAUUUCUACAAGAGACUGGAAAAAUCGCCGCAGCAAAAACAGCUGGCAUUGUCAUAAGUUACCCCUUCCAUGUUAUUAGUAUUCGGAUGAUGGUACAAUUUAUUGGAAGGGAGACUCAUUACAGAAAUAUUUUUUCUUCUAUUCAAGAAAUUUAUGAAGAAGAGGGAAUACUAGGAUUUUUCAGUGGACUUUUACCGCAUUUAAUUGGUGAACUUUUUGCAGUUUGGAUGUACAGAACAAUAAAUUAUUUAGUUGAAAAAUAUGUGAUUGAUGAACAAUAUUUACAAAUUGCUGAAGUACGCAACUAUUCACAAGGAAUCUCUCAGUACGUUGCAAGUACAGUAACAUACCCCUUUCAACUGAUCACAAACAUAAUGGCUGUUAACGACACCAGACUUCAAGGUGGGAACCCUCCAUUAAUGCCCAUCUAUGAUUCAUGGACGGAUUGCUGGAUAGAGCUUGGGAAGAAGGGUUUACGAAGUCGGGGAUCUACGUUAUUCCGUCGAACGUUAAUCACUACGAAUUGAGUGACUUUAAUUCGAAUUUGAGUUCUCUGGUUGGCAGAAAUGUUAAAUGACAUUUUGUAAAACGCUGUUUUAGUAGAUGUUUUACAUGUUCUAGUAAAGACAUCAUUUUCAUAGUUUUAUUUUCCAAAUAUUUUGAACUUUUAUUUUAGUGGGUAAGUCAUCACAACAUAAAUCAUUCAAAAGGAAGGUACACUAGACAUGUAUUUUAUAAUUUUUUGGGACGCUCUUAAUCCUUUUACCAUUUUUAGGAAAAUGAUCUCAAGGCAUUUUAACAAAUCGAGUGAAACGUAUGGUCUGUUCUUUGAUUUUAAGCAACUAGAUACAAAGUCAUGGUGGUGCCUGAAUAUUCUUAUCUAGUUCUAAAUUUCUUUCCAGGAAAGUCCCUGUUUUUAUUUGAAUCGUUGUUAUAAUAAUAACAUGUAUGAUUUUCCCAGCCACCUAUGAUUUUCCUAGCCACCUUACCAGUAAUAUAAUUACUGAGCCUCAAAACGAAGAGGGAUGAAUACUAAGUUAUGACUUUAACGAAAUCUUGAGAUAACUAUACGUAUAAGUACUGUCCUAGUCAAAUUACUCCCCCGUCCUGAUGUAUAGUGCCAUAUAAAUUUACUUCAUAAUUUUUACCGCCAUAAUACCGUUUUUUUUGCUCUGAUUUUACAAAACAGAAUUUUCAGUUUUUUUAUUGUGUAUUCUACCAACACUUACAUACCCAAAUACUUUUGAGGUCGUUUGUUCGACUUUCAGCGGAUUAAUUUUUGUGGAACAUUGUAAAGUAAAUCCUAAGAAUUUCUCCCUUAAUUAAAAGGGCUUAAAAUUUUGUAACUUUACAUAUUUUGCAUCAGAAGAACAUAGUACAUACUUUUUUUACAA